AUGUGGUCUCGUGUCAUUCCACGUCAUGUGGUUCUAUUUGCUUUACUUGCUGGUGAUACAUCAGCUCGGAAGCAAGAUGUUGACUGUCCCGAUGGGAAAACGCUUCUCCAAAUCCAACCAAUUAGGCUUGUUGAAGGGUCAAAGACUUCUUAUACAACAGAGACCAGGACAUUUUUGAUACCAGCAGAUGCGUCUUUUGUAACCACCACCUUAUUUGGCGAUGGGCCCGAGACUAUUUACACUAUUCCUCCCCAAGGCACACCGCCGGUGGGAACGAUAAUUGUAAAAUCACCAAAAACUACUGUUACCUCGAUUAUCCCCUCCUUGGCAGCCAGGCGCACUCGCACCCUGACUCCUAGUCGAUCAGGGGACCCUACUACUGUCGUCGUUGAACAGCCGGAUAUCCCUUAUAAAACCAUCACUCGCACAGGAAACUCCGACACUCGUACGACAAGAACCGUCCAACCAGACAACGGGGAUGAGACCGGUACUAUUGUCGUUGAAAUUCCAAGGGAGACAGCUCCUUACGUUACUGUCACUCGAACGGGCACUCUUACUGUUCCUGUAACAUCCACACUACCCCCAACUGAUCCCAAUGGCAUCAGUACUGUUUUUGUUAUCAUCCCACCAGAGACUGUUACCUACACGGAUACUAGACAAGCGGACACAAGCGAUACCUUGUCCUCCUCUAGGCCAUACACAACGUUCACAAGAACUGGAACGGGAGCUUUGCCGAGGACAUACACCCAGACACCGGAUGGUCCUGGCGAGACGGGUACUGUCGUCGUCGAGCUUGCUUUUGUAAGGUUCAAUACGAUCACAGACAGUUGGACGGGUUCAACCACGCGGACUUUCACUGUACUUCCCCCCGAUCCCAGUCAGACUGGUACCGUGAUGAUUCAGGUCCCAGCCGAGGCUACUCCUUAUGUCACAACAACUAGGGCUGGCACUGGAAGCCUUACUCAAACUAGUACUCUGAUACCUACCAGGCCAGGACAGACCGGUACAGUGAUUAUCGAGGUGCCUCCUGACAGCACUCCUUACACGACAACGACGAGAACAGGCACUGAUAGUACCACCCGAACGACUACAGAACGUCCUUCACGCCCCGGACAAACGGGUUUAGUAAUCAUCGAACUUCCCACUGAUAAUGCUAGGUAUGCAACAGCUACAAGAUACGGCACCGCUUCCAUCACCAAAUAUAUCACUCAAUUACCCUCAAGUCCUGAAGAGACUGGCUUGGUCAUUAUCGAGGUACCUCUAGACAAUGCCCAAUAUGCCACAACUACAAGGACAGGUACGGGUACUACGACUAGAUAUAUCACCGAGCCACCCGCAGCCCCAGGAGAAACUGGUAGAGUGGUUAUAGAGAUGCCAGCAGUAAAUCUACGCUUUGCUUCAACUUCGAUGUUUGGUACUGCAACCACUACCAGAUACAUAACUCAGCUACCUUCAGACCCCAAUGAGACUGGCCUCGUAAUCAUCGAGGUACCCAUGGACAAUAUCCGCUAUAUAACAACUACAACCACAGGUUCUGCUAGUACUACCAGGUACAUCACUCAGACACCGAGUAAACCUGGUCAGACUGGAAUUGUGAUUGUUCAACUCCCCGCUCAGGAAAUUCCUUUUGUCACAACCACAUCCUUCGGAUCUGCUUCAACAGCUUAUACAACAACUCAAAGCCCUACGGGCACCGAACAAACCGGUACAGUAAUUGUUGUUCGCCCGCAAAGGUAUACCACAACAACCAGCUACGGAAGUAUCUCGGGCCCAUCAACAACAACUAAACAACCUGAGGCUCCUGGCCAAACCGGAACUAUUAUUGUAGUUCUGCCUCAACUCUUCAUCACGACCACUCGUUACGGAAGUGGAUCUCUCCUUUCAACAACGACGCGACAGCCACAAAGACCUGGGCAACCCGGAACUGUGAUCGUCUCUGUCCCCCAACGAUUUACAACGACGACUAGAUACGGAAGUGUGUCAAGAGCCUCGACAAUAACACGCCAACCUGAUGUUUUGGGGGAGACUGGGACCGUGAUUAUCAUUGCUCCGCAGCGGUUUACAACAACAACCCGCUACGGAAGUGUCUCACGCUCCACAACUGUAACCCAAGAACCUGAUAUUCUAGGGCAGACUGGUACUGUUAUCGUUGUUCGCCCUCAACGAUUUUCAACAACCACUCGGUACGGUAGCGUCUCAGGCCCCACAACAGUAACUCAACAACCCGAUAUCCCAGAGCAAACUGGAACUGUCAUUGUUGUCCUUCCCCAGCGCUUUACAACAACUACAAGUUACGGGACUACAUCCUCUACAACAACCCAGCAACCUGAUAUCCCAGGACAAACCGGAACUGUCAUUGUCGUUGUCCCUCAGCGAUACACAACAAGUACUCGAUAUGGGAGCGCCACAGUCCCUUCAACCACGACCCAAGAUCCUGGAAGACCUGGACAGACCGGAACUAUCAUCAUUGAUCUUCCACAGCCUUUCACUACAACAACUCGCUAUGGAAGUGUCACUAGCCGUACUACUACUACGCGAGCCCCGGGAACAGCUGGACAGACAGGCACUGUUAUCGUUUAUCUUCCCCAGUCGGUCGUGACCCUCACUCGAACUUAUACAGGAACAUCGACUUUGACCGGGCCAACUGCUGUUACCACUAUCUCACCUUCGGGUCCCACCCCUGGCACAGUCAUCAUUGAGAUACCGGGACCUGGUCUAGUGACAAACACCCGGCAAUACACUGGAACAUCCUUUUUGACUGGACCAAUAACUUUCACUACAGUGCCACCUUCAGGUACAAGACCCGGUACAGUCAUUGUAGAGACGCCAGGACCAGGGCCUGGUUUAGUCACUAGCACUCGCCAAUACACCGGCACGUCUACCUUCACUGGCGCAAUAACAAUCACUAUCACCCCUUCGGGAUCUGUCCCUGGUACAAUUAUUAUUGAAACUCCACCUCCGAGCACGGUCACGACGACGCGGCAAUACACUGGUACUUCAACCUUGACUAGGCCGCUAACAUUUACCGUUCCGCCUUCUGGAACUGUUCCCGGCACAGUGAUUAUUGAGACGCCGCCCCCCAGCACAGUCACAACAACACAACUGUACACUGGUUCGUCCACAUUGACAGGCCCGAUAACAUUCACUAUCCCGGCUUCUGGUACUACGCCAGGGACCGUUAUCGUCGAAACUCCGCCUCGGGCCCCAGUCACUAGCACCCGUCAAUACACUGGCACGUCAACCCUAACUGGGCCCAUAACUGUAACAACCAUCCCUCCUUCAGGGACAGUACCUGGAACAGUUAUCAUCGAAACUCCACCUCCUGAACCAGUUACCAGCACUAGGCAGUAUACUGGCACAUUAACCUUGACUGGCCCGAUUACUGUAACAACUGUACCUCCAUCAGGGACUAUACCUGGCACAAUCAUCAUUGAGACUCCACCUCCUGAGCCGGUUACUAGCACUCGGCAGUAUACUGGUACGUCAGCUUUGACUGGUCCUAUUACUGUUACAACUGUUCCGCCGUCGGGAACUGUGCCAGGUACAGUCAUUAUCGAAACUCCACCUCCUGGGACAGUCACUAUCACGCGACAAUAUACUGGAACUUCAGUCUUAACUGGUGCAGCCACUGUGACAACAAUCUCUCCGUCAGGAACUGAACCAGGGAUGGUCAUUAUCGAGACCCCCCCUCCUGAACCUGUCACCAGUACGCGGCUUUUUGUUAGGUGA